GCCCUAGCUCUCCCUCCCCGGCCCGUUCAUUCCUCUUCUCGUCGCUUUCUCCCUCGUCCGUCGAUCCCGUUUUCCGGACUCCCCUGCGCCUUACCAUCGAACGUGCUGGCUAGCUCAACUCUGGUUCUCGAAAACGCCGUGACUCUCGACACAGCGACCUCGCAGCUAUGAAUGACGGGGCGUCCGACGAAGAUUAGCCUGUCUCGUAGAUUUGACUCAUUCGUGUGCGCGACGACGGACGAGUGCAUCAGCGACACGCAGAUCUGCGACGGCACGCCAAACUGCAGCGACGAGUCGGACCCGCCGUCCGACGAGGACCCCGCGCUCUGCGAGACGUACGAGUGCCCCAGCGGGUGGCAGAAGUGCAACGACUUCCUGCAGUGCUACGAAGUGAGCCGCCUGUGCGACGGCACGAGUGACUGUAACGAUGGGAGCGACGAGGAGGGGUGUGACGACGCGGCAGUAGAGGAUCCACCUGUUGAAGGUACACCUGAUGCAGGGACACCUGAUGCAGGGACACCUGAUGCGGGAACACCUGAUGCAGGGACACCUGGUGCAGGGACACCUGAUGCAGGGACGCCUGAUCCUGAUGCUCCAACUGAUUUCGGAUCAACCUCACCAAGCGCAGAUGACACGACCGCUCCACCUGCAGAUGACACGACGACCCCUCCAGCAGUUGAAACGCCUCCAGCUGACGAGGGUACAGCACCGGGCGAUGAAACCGAAGAUGAAGCACCGCCGUCGGAAGAGGCACCGCCACCAGAAGAGGAAACGGCUGCACCAGUAGAAGGGACUGGGACUGAUGAUGGAACAUCUGCGGAUGAGAGUGUUCCGCCAGAUGAAACGCCUCCUGGAGAUGAAACGCCACCACCGCCACUUCCUCCUCCUGAAGAGCAGCCAACGUCACCUCCAGAAGAUGAAACUGCCCCUCCACCUGACAAUGAAACCCCAAAUACAGGAGAUGAAACCCCUUCAUCCGGAGAUGAAACUGCGCCACCUGAAGAUGAUACGACCCCGUCAGAGGAUAAUGCAGCUCCACCACCCGCAGGUGACGUGGACCAGCCAGGUGGGGAUGACACGCCUGAUGCGCCACCAGGUGAUUCGUCAGGGUCGGGCGAAGGUUCUGAGGAACCUUCAGAAGGAGCAGGGGAAGGGGGAAGUGGGGAGGAGGGAAGUGGAGAGGAGGGUGGAGAGGAGGGAAGUGGAGAGGAGGAGGGUGAGGGAGGAGGAGCUGAGGAGGGAGAGAAGGGAGGGGAAGGAGAUGCAGACGAAGGGGAGGGGGAUGAAUCGGAAGGGAAUGAGUCAGGUGAUGAUUCAGGUGAUGAUUCAGGUGAUGAUUCAGGUCGUGAUGAUGCAGGUGAUGAUUCGGCUGAUGAUUCGGGUGAUGAUUCAGGUGAUGAUUCAGGUGCUGACUCAGGUGAUGAUUCAGGCGAUUCCGAAAAGGAACCUGAGACACCACCUCCCCCACCUCCAUCUGGGCCUCCCCUUUCUCCUCUAGAGCAGAAGAAGCAGGAGUACCACAAGGCAGCUCGUGCUGCCGAGGCUGCUAAGGCCGAUGCUGAGAGGGCAGAUGGGAUGGCCACGCAGAGGGAGAAAGAAGCAGAGGCAGCAGAAGCUCGGGCAGAAAAAAAGGCAAGAGAAGCCCAAAGUGCCAAGGGCGGGGCGAGUGUGAAGAAGAAGAGGGAAGAGGCGAAGCAGGCACAGAAAGAGGCAGAGGCUGCGAGGGCGAGAGCGGAUAAAGCGAGAGAGGAGGCGGAUGGGAAGGAGGAGGCAGCAGUGGAAGCCACAGGUGUGGUGGAGGAGAAGAGGCAGGAGCUGGUGGAUGAGGCUGAGAGGAGGAAGCCGGAACUGGAGGAGAAGAAGCGGCAAGGGUCGGCCCGGCGGGACGCGGCUAGAGCCGAGAGAGACGCAGCGAAAGAGAAGAAGAAAGAGUCUAUGAAGUCGUUUAGAGAGAGGUUGAUGGCUGCUCGGAAAGCAAAAAUGGCUGAGAAGGCAAGUUCUGUUUCGGCUGUUGCGGCGGAGAGACAGGCGGAGGCGGAUAAAGCACUGGAGGCUAAGCAGCAGGCGGAUGCUGAGGUGGCCCGGCUGGUCUUAGCUAAAAGUAAGGCGGAAGGAGAGGCAAAAGAGGCUGUGGAAGCACAGGCAGCGGCAGAGGAAGCAGCAAGGGAGGCGGUGAAGGACGGUGAUAAAGCGCUGGCUUCAGCGAAGCGGGAGGAAGCCGCAGCAGCGCUGGGGCUGAAGUGGGAGAAGCAGGAGGAGAUUGCGCGGGUGAAGGAGCAGGUGGUUGCUGCCAAGGCCGCAGCCAAGCUUGCUGCCAAGGAGGCGGCUGUGCGACAGCUGGUGGCCGCCCGGGCAGCGAGCGAGGCGCAGAAAGUGGGCGGUACAGUGGGUGGAGGGAGUGAGGGCGGUGGUACUGGUGAUGGUGCAGGCGCUGGUGGUGGUGGUGAUGGUGGUGGUGCUGUUGGUGGUGAUGCUGGAAGUGGCGAUGGUGCUGCUGGUGAUGCAAAAGGGGGUGAUGAGGCUGGUAACAACGAUAGUCCUGGAACUGGGACUUGGGAAAAAGAGAGUGAUAGUAAUGUGGGUGAUGGCCAUACGGACAGUAGUCCAGGUGACACAAACGUGAGUGGUUCAAGUGAAGGAACUGAUAAAGUGGCAGUCGGGCUUUCGUUCGCUGAUGGCUUUGCUACGAGUGGCGGCGGCAAGAGAAAGGGUAGCUCACGAUCCAGGAAGGUAAAUGUCGGGGUUUGACAACGUGCUGUGUAAUGCGUGCCUGGUUUUUUCCAUUAUGUAUUUUCAUUGUGAAGUGUA